AUGGUAUUACCAGAUUCUAAUGAACUGAUAUUAUGCAAAGAAUUCUAUGAAAUAUUAGUUGCAAAUAAUGAAAAAUCUACAAAGUUAACAAUUGCUCCUAACCAACAAGGAAUUGAUACUAAUUAUUAUAUUGCAGCUGAUCCAACUGGCGUAGAAAUUAUCUGUUUUAAAUCCACCUUUUUCAAGAUAUUCAAAGAAGCUCAUCAUUACCUUAGAGAUAGCGAAAAUUGGCAUAAGAAUCCUAAACCUAUUGGCAUCUUUUAUGCCACAAUUGGUCUUCUUUUAACAACUCCGGAGAAUAAAACUAUACUGAAUAUUCAUGAGGAAAUAUUUUGGGAUGAACUGGAAAAUAAUUCAUUCCAAUUAUCGCAUAUUGUACAAAACGAAAUUAUUCUCAUCGAAAGGCUCCUUACUGCAUCCAAUAAUAAAUUAAAUAAAUCUUCAUCAUUAUGGAGCUAUUAUAAAAAACUUUAUUCUAUUUUAAAAACUGAUAAUAUGGAUUCCUUCAACAUAUCCCAAACGAUUUUGUAUUCAGGAAGAAGACAUAUCUCGAAUUAUUACUGUUGGAAUGCAAGUCGCUGGUUCUUUGACAUUUGUGAGAAAGAAGUGAAAUCAAAUCUUUAUUUAAAUGCCAAAGAAUAUUGUUUUGCUAACGUUAGUGAUUGCUCUUCAUGGAGUGCUUUAUCAUACUAUAUAUGUCAAAAUCAGUUACAAAACCAAACCAAUUAUGAAGAAUAUGAACGAAUUUUAUCAAUGCAUAGUAUUAAGCCAAGUGGCCAACUCAAAAAACAUUUUCCUAUUAUAUGUAACGUUGAAACCUUUCUCGAUGAACUGAUAAAUUUUAUCGAUAAAGUCCAGUUGAAAGAUUGGCCGCCAUUCUUAUGCUUAAUAACAAUAUUCGAAAAUUAUAAAUAUAUAUCGUCUUUAAGCAUCAUUACAAAAUGGGAAAAGGAAUUAAAAGAAUUUGAAGAAAAGCAUGGUGUUAUAAAUUUAGUUAGGUUACAUCCUAUCAUUCCAAAUGCUUUAUUAGGAGACGCAAUAAUGGAUAACCUCUUCCUCCACUUGGGUUCCAAAAAAAGAGCUAUAAACAGUUUGAAACGAAAUAUAAAAGCUAAUAAUAAAAAAGAUUGA